UUCCGGGCCGUGGCCCAGCGCAUUGCUAUACUGCCCUGUUGCUAAGCAGAGUGAUUGAACAUCAAGACUCCAGCGUGUAAUAUGCGGGAUGCUUCUCCUGAGAGCCCAUCUAUUACAUGCAGUGAGAGUGACAGUGAUGAUGAUCUGAUCCUGAGACCACCAAGACUGCGUAGAAGACAUCGACGUCGUGAAAGUGAAGAAACAAGAAGGCCUCGCCCACCCAGUGUGACAGAGUCCAGAUUAAGGGAGUUGUUCCUAGCUCGUAGGGAAGCACGAGAGAAAGGAGAGAUACGAGAAAAAGGAGAGAUGCAACUCGAUAAUAUAGAUAUGCCAGAAGUCAAGAUGGUGUAUAAAGGUCAUCGCAAUUCAAGAACAAUGAUAAAACAAGCCAAUUUCUGGGGUAGUAACUUUGUGCUGAGUGGUUCGGAUUGUGGCCACAUCUUCAUUUGGGAUCAACACACUGCUGAGCUUGUCAUGCUACUAGAAGGUGACAGACAUGUAGUCAAUUGUGUCCAGCCACACCCUUUUGAUCACUGGUUGGCUACUAGUGGUAUUGACUAUGAUGUUAAGCUAUGGUCUCCAACAGCAGAGAUGGCCAGCGUACCUGAUGAUGCAGCAGAGGUGAUGAGAAUUAAUGAACUAAUGCUUGAUGAGACUCGGGAUACUAUAACAGUGCCACCAUCGUUCAUGCUACGCAUGCUUGCCUCCCUCAAUCAUCUCAGAGAAGAACGUAGACGGUCCCGAGAAUCACCAUCUAGCAGUGACAGUACAGAAGAUGAAAGCUGAAAUCACCAUCUAGCAGUGACAGUGCAGAUGACGAUAGCUGAAUCACCAUCUAGAAGUAACAGCACAGAUGAUGAUAGCAGAAUCGCCAUCUUGCAGCGACAGUACCAAUGAUGAUAGCUGAAAUCACCAUCUUGCAGUGACAGUACUGAUGAUGAUAGCAGAAUCGCUAUCUUGCAGUGAUAGUACCAAUGAAGAUAGCUGAAGUCACCAUCUUGCAUUGACAGUACUGAUGAUGAUAGCUGAAAUCACCAUCUUGCAGUGACAGUACAGAUGAUGAUAGCUGAAAUCACCAUCUAGAAGUAACAGCAUAGAUGAUGAUAACAGAAUCACCAUCUUGCAGUGACAAUACUGAUGAUGAUAGCUGAAAUAACCAUCUUGCAGUGACAGUACAGAUGAUGAUAGCAGAAUCACCAUCUUGCAGUGUGAUCCUUUCAUUUGUGCCCUUUCCUGUGAGUGCUCACUUUAGUGCUGGUGCUUACCACGUGGCCCAGAGUUUGCAUAUGGACUCUUAUCGUUACUUGAAAUGGAGACAUCUUGGGACAAGAAAAGUAUGAGAGGACAUACCACAGAGAUUUUAGAGUCAAGGGGAAAACCAGGUAUCUUCCAUUAUGGGCUACAAGUGAGGAAAAGAGCAACAGUAUGUUAAGUGCAUGAUUUCAAAGGCCCCAAACAGAAAAAAAAAUCAUUCAUAAUAGUUAUAUGCAUACUUGUACAUUGGUGUUAGGAAACCUGGAUCACCUGUGACUGUUUAUUAUUGGUACUAAAACAAGUUCAAACCUUUCUUAGGAAUGUUCAUAAUCUUUAUGCGAAUUUCACUAAACACAUUCAAAUGAUAUCCUGUUUUUAAAAUGUGUACAGCUCAUGCAGUGUAAUUAACAUUAGAACUAAUGUUUGUCUGGAAAUGAGCAAAUUUACAUUUUUUCACAGCUUUCUGAAACAGGUGCGUUGUGCAAUAUAAAGUGGGCAUUGUGAGUACUGGUGCAUUGAAGAAAGGUUUGCUUAAGCAACCUUGCUGUUGCUGCCAUACAUGUAUGUGUAAACUUCUAAAAGCACUUUCUUAGGUGUUUUGCAGUGUUGAAGUAGUUACAUGUAUUUAAAAAUAAUGUAAAGCAGGAUAAGUUGUGUGCAAAAUAUGUAGUGAGUUUCACAGUGUUGUGCUCAACAAGAGUCAAGAUUAUACACAAGAUUUUCUGUGCCACUGACAAGUUGGACUCAUGUCUUACCCACACGUACAUGGAGCAACUUGGGUGAAGUUUAAAUUUAUCAGUGGUUCUUGCUAGGUAUGUUAUGCAUUCACCCUGUCACUAUUGUUAUUAUCACUAGUAUUUUAACGUGAAGGAAUGGUUUGACUUCUUGUAAAUUUUGUUAGGUCUGUUGAUAUAUUGUAACUUGAUUAUUCGAUAUUACAUGUACUUUGAUUUAUCGAUACCAAAUUUUUAAUGGUAGUAAUGGAUAAAAAAUAUUUAUUGGAAAUGAUACCAGGCAUUCAAAAGGGGAUUCUGUCGAGAAAAUUAAUCUCCAGUUUGUGUUUUUACAUGUACAUGCAUGUGGUUGUUGCAUUGAAUGGCAAGCAGGUGACACCUCGCGCAAUCCUCGAAAGAAACUGGCCCAACAGUUUAUUCAGGAAGCAUAAACCCUUUUGCUCUUUUUGGUAGAAUAAAAGUUUUAGUAGAAUAAAAGUUUUUGCUCCAGAGAAAUCCUUGCAAAUAAUUGGGAAAAGAUAUGGAGAAAGCACUGGCAACAUUUAUAAGUGUUAUGGCAUUUAUGUGUACUUCUACAUGUAUUUUUGUAUUUUCCCGUGGCCUUUUUAAGGAGAAUUUUCAGUAUAGUUACGGAUACUGAAGGUCAUCACCUUCAUUUCAUGGGAUAUGCUCCCAAAGGUCAACAUCAAAGCCACCCAUUUAUUCCUACCUACCAGCACUGCUUAUUGCAGCCACUUACAAAGGAUUUGGCAGUGCCGUUUGCUUAUCAUCAGUCUAGUUAACCGCAUCAACAGUAACGACCAGUAUUAAGAUUGGACAGCCAAGCGCCAUGUGUUGUUUAGGGGUAUGCGUCUCAGUUUACACUUAAUCCAUGCCACCGUUAUCAGUGUCCAGUUUUCUAGUAACGAUAUGCCUGUCUUGUGAGGGCACAAGCUCAUGAUCCCCUCUUUUUGUACUGCCUGCAACCUAUGCAGAUUACCAAUACCUAUACAUUAUUUCCUAGUCCAUUACUUCCAUUCGCUAAAUUAUCGAUCCCCAAUAGUGUGCCCCCACUCACUCGCCCCCACGAAGGCAUCGGCCAUGUUCAUCUUCUUUUUCGUAGCACCAUUAGGUUAUGAAAGGUGUUGUUUCGGCUCUGAACUUUUGGGAGUUUUUCCUUUGCCAACGCGUGUUUCGGUGUUAUUCCUUGGUCACCUCAUUUAUUUGUUCUGACUCUUGAACGGUAAGAUUGUUCCUUUUUCAUUUUAUUUCUGGAUAUUUUACCAUUUUCUUUUCAUUCUUGCACAGGUGGCAGACCGACAUUGUAUUGACUUUUUUUCAGAGUCUCCUGCGUUCACAUACCCCUGUCCAGCCUACAUAUGCAAA